CAUGGGGUGUGUUAGAUACAGUGUUAUUGUGAGACACGUGUUCAGUCUGGGAAACUUUGCAUGGAGAAGAUCUUCAUCCUGGACAAAUCCAUUAAUCAGGUUGAACUCCAGCACCCUGUCGUCCCCCUGUCCUCCUCACACACCUCAGGGUCACACUCCUCUCAGGCCUGGGCACUGGAGGGGUUUCUCAGGAAGUGCACAGAAACAGAAGAGCAGAACACACAGCCCUGGGCAUGAUGGAGGAGAAGAGCACUGGGCUGGAGAUCAGGAGGACUUCAUGGAGGAUCAAGAAGUGGAGGAGAUUUUUCAGCAGCAGAGACCUGCAGGGAUUGGAGAAGAGGAUCACCGGGUGUUUAUCGUUCAUCCUGAUGUGAAAUGGGGACAAAAAAAACAAUACCUGACCACUGCUGAUCUGCAGAUGGCUGAGGCUGUAGGUCUGGUCAGAACCUUACAGAACUGGACCGUGGUGGAUAAAAUCAUCGUCUCGACCAAAACGCCGGAAAAGAAGCGAAUCUUCGGGAAAGGGAAUUUCCAGAUGCUGACGGAGACGAUCAGAAGAAAUCCCGGUGUGACGGCCGUGUUCAUGAACGUUGAGCGUCUGCCGCCGGCGUCUGAGAAAGAUCUGCAGGAGGCCUGGGGCGUAAAGGUGUUUGACAGAUACUCGCUGGUUCUGCAUAUUUUUCGCAGAAACGCCAGAACAAAAGAGGCCAAGCUGCAGAUAUCACUGGCGGAGAUUCCACUGCUCAGGUCACGACUGAGGAACGAAGUGGCGAACCUGGAUCAGCAGGGCGGAGGGUCCAGGUACAUCAUGGGCUCAGGUGAAACCCUGUAUGAGGUGCAGCAGAGGUUGCUGAAAGAGAGAGAGAUGAAGAUUCGCUCUGCACUUGAGAGACUGAGAAAGAAGAGGAACAUGCUCCGAACGCAGCGCAAACACAAGGACUUCCCCAUCGUCUCAGUCAUGGGCUACACCAACUGUGGUAAGACCACGCUGAUCAAAGCUCUGACGGGUGACAUCGCUCUCCAGCCUAAAGAUCAGCUCUUUGCCACUCUGGACGUCACGGUACACGCCGGUCGGCUGCCUGGUCACAUGACCGUGCUGUACGUGGACACCAUCGGCUUCCUGUCUCAGCUGCCUCACCAACUUAUCGACUCGUUUUCAGCCACGCUGGACGACGUAGCACAUUCCGAUCUCAUCGUUCAUGUCAGAGACGUCAGUCAUCCAGAGACCGUAAACCAAAAAGUCAACGUGCUUAACGUUUUAAAGAACCUUCAGAUCCCAGAGAGGCUCAUGAACUCCAUCAUAGAAGUGCACAACAAGAUUGACCUCGUUGACGGCUACGAGUCACCUGAUUCCGAGGCUGUGCCGAUAUCAGCACUGAAGGAGCGGGGACUGGACAAGUUGAAGCGGAGAGUAGAAGAAUCCGUCAUGAAGUCGAUGGGGAAGCAAACCAUGGUCCUGAAAGUGGAUCUCAACAGCCCUCAGUUAGGGUGGCUGUAUAAAGAGUCCACGGUUCAGGAAGUGCACGACGGAGAUGACGACUGUACCGCCAACGUCAAGGUCGUGAUCAGCGCUGCAGCAUACGGACGCUACAGGAAGCUGUUCCAGCUCACGUAGCAGCACACACACCUCAGGCGCGUCCCUGCCGCUGAUUAAUCACUGUAAACAGAUCUGAGAGAAUAUUUAUUUAUUUAUGAAAGUGUUAGAAAUAUCACAGGGUUAUUUUCACAAGCAAAGUAAAUAAAAUUGUACAAAAAUAA